AUGGGCGUGCGAUAUCUUGGAUUUGUUGUGCUGAUUUGGCUUCCAGGAGCUCUGCACGGUAAGAACAUUCAAGUCCUUCAAGUUUGAUGUAAAAUCUUUUCAAAGAAACAUUCCUUCAUAGUAGUGUUCACUUGUGUGACAAUCAAUUUUUCAGCUCAAAGUGCAGCUCAGCCCUGUCCUCCUCCAAGCCUGGAUGGUGGUUACUUUGUCCCAGAACAAGAAAGUUAUGAUCAUGAAUCUGAGAUCGUCUUUGUCUGUGACAAAGGAAGUAAACCAGCUGUGGAGGGCUGGUGGGCAACAAGCACUUGUCAAGGAGGCACAUGGUUACCUGAACCACAAUGUAUCGGUAAGUGUUUAGUGUCUUACUGUUUAAUGAGAAGUUGAAAGCCUGCAGAGGUGUGUUUUUUUAAGAUUACACUCUUCAUCCCCUUUGUGUUUUCUGCUUUAAACCAGAUUAGAUAAGACUUCAUUGGCCCCCCGAGGGAAAAUUCAGUUGUUGCAUCAACUCAGACAAGAAAGAAUACAAGAAGACUAGUGGUGGGGUAGGAACCCAGUGUAAUAAAUAUAAUAAAAUAUUAGAUAAAUAGAAGUUAAAUGCCGAUGUUAUGAAGUAAGUAUUAAAUUAAAGUGAGAGUUAUGGGGUUAAGUGACAUAUUAUGAUGUGAUAUAUGAUAAAUAUAAGGUGAAAAGGUAAAAUAAGUAUUAAUAAAAAAAGGUCUCCUCAGGGUAAUGUACAUUUUGAUAAGAUGAACAAAACUGAAAAACAGUACAAGGUGAAAUAUACAAUAAAGUCAUAACCAUUUAAUAUAAUAUAAUGUACUGAAAUAUAAUAUGAUACAAUAUAAUAUAAUCAAAUAGUAAUGCAGCUAUAGCCUUUCAAACGCACACAGAGAAGCUGAUUCCUGUUUUGUUAUUGAGCAGUGAGAGAGAUUGUAUUCUAGUAAAAACAAAUAGUGGAUUUUAAUCCCAGGAGCGCUGUGUAACAUUCAAUGAGAAGAUCAACCAGUAUGUUGUUAAAAAACAACUUGAACUAUUUUAAAUAGUAAAAAGGGAUUACCUCUGACAUGAGAGGUUAUUUCAUGUCAGUCAAGGGGCCUGAGUCAGAUUUUCAUUUUUUGUUAAGUGUCUCUCUUCUGCCCUCACCUGGAAGUUUCUAUGAUUGCUUGCUGGUCAAGUUUGGCAGUGAGAAGUUCACAUAUCAAAAACUCCUCUGCUCAUGUGAGAUUCAUUUUGAACUUAAAACGGCAGUAUUUCUCAGCAUUUAAACCUCAGCAUUGAUAAACUUGCCUCUGAUAUUUAUGAUCCCUGACUUGCAACAGAGUUUUAGGGCCACAUUAAGAAAAAAAAAUUAAGACUUUGAGAUUAAAGUCAUUAAUUUACGAGAAUAAAGUGAUUACUAACAAGAAUAAAGUUGUAAUCAAGUAAUUACUUGUGAGAAUAAAGUCGUAAUAAAAUCAUUAUGAUACUUAUGAUAAUGGAUGAGCCAAAAGAUUAAGUAUCUCCUUGUUUGAGAAACCUUUAGUGAAGUACAUUUUCACGAAAUACUCCAUGGCUUUCAUUUCAACAAUUUUCAUCUUAAACAGCAGGUUAGGACUUUAUUCUGACUGUACCCUUGUAAGUGAUUAUUUUAAGUACAACUUUAUUCUCGUUAGCAAUGAUUUUAGUACGACUUUAUUCUCGUAAAUUAUUGAUUUUAGUCACAAAGUCUUUUUUUUUUUUUCCUUAAUGUGGCCCUAAUACUACAUUGUACUGACUUGUGGUUAAUAUUUGCAACCAGUUGCAACCAGGUGCAGUGAUCAAUGCAUUACAGGCUCCAAUGGUGACUUUAGCUUACAAUAUUGUUUGAAGUUGAUGCAAAUUAGGGAACCUUGUGAAAGUAAGUUUUCCUCGAAGUCUGUCACACAUGAAGCCAAAGGCAAUUUAAUCAAAUGAUUUAAUCAAUUCACAGUCCAAAACUCCUGAAAACCUGAAUUAUAUUUAAUAAACUGGAAAAAAAUAAAAAGUAAAACAACCCCCGCUGUGAGAUGUCUUUGUUUCUCUUUUGCUUACAGAUGAAUCAGCCUGCUAUCCCCUUGAGGUACCCAAUGGAAAGUAUAAGGAAAGCCAAAAUCGUUGGCAUGAACAGGAAGCUAAAAUUAGGAUAAAAUGUGAUAAGGGGUAUGAGUUGAAAAACCGGGAUGCCACAGCCAUUUGUUUGAAUGGAACCUGGUCCUCUGUGCCCAUCUGUGAGAGUGAGUCUGUCUCUUGGUCUUCAAUCGUUGGUUGUAAAACUGAAAACUGGCUUUGAUAACACAAGUGUCUCAAUCAAAAAGAAUACUAGCGUACAUACAUACAUUUCUUUCUCUUGAUUAUAUGUGCUUACUUUUUUUUUUACAGUGAGUGAUUCUACAUGUAACAUGCCUCCACCACAAAUCCCCCAUGCAGUCAUCAUUGGUCAGAAUUAUCAGGAGGUGUUUGCUGCAGAUUCAGAAGUUCAUUAUGAAUGUGAAAACGGAUAUACUGCAGAGGGAUCAGAGGACAAAAAAAUAAUCUGCCUAUCUGGAAGGUGGACUGAAGGCCCAGCCUGCAGUAAGUGAACUGUGCUGAGAGAUGCAGUAAAAAAAAGGAAGAGGUCUGUGCAGGUUCUCAGUCAUCCAGGUCAUGGUAAUCCAAAUCUUUGUUGAAAGGGAAACUGGACUUGUUUGAGGUUCUUGAAGAUGUUUUGCCUCUCUCUUCUAAAAGACAUCUGGGUCAUUCCAUGAAAUCGGUGCCUUUUGCGUCCCCAAGAAGUAGUCAUUAAAAAAAUUAUGAUAACAACAAAUUAAUAUGUAAUUUAAAAAUAUAACAUUACCAUGUCUUCUCUCCUUAAUAUGACAUCAAAUUAAAGUCAAUUAAAUAUCAUUUUAAAUAAUAUAAAUUAUUUUUAUGCUGAUUAGGGUGAGAUUUUUGGCCUGUCCCUCACUACUAUUGCUGUAUGUAUACAGGACUUUAAAUUUGUAAAAUGUCGGCAAAAUGUUAAAAUUUUCACAUUUACAUAUUGUUUUAAGUAUGAUCUUAUUGUUAAACAGUGUUUUUGGUAACAAUAUAUAUUAGUCAUCAUAAAUAUUUACCAAUUUAUCGGCGUCCCCUGAUUUCAUGUCAACCCUGUUACCCUAACUAAAAAAACCCUAAAAAAAUAAUGGUACAUUCCAGAUUCGACAUGAUUGACAGGAACCAGGAUGUUAACAGGUCAGUGACAAUUAAGUUUCUCUCAUCUCUGAUGUCCUUUUUUUUUAAAAUUUUUUCAGGGUUUAACCAGGGGGGACAAGCAUACAAUGUCAACCCUGUUACCACCUUUUAACAUAUAAACAUAGACAAUUUUCUGUUUCUCAAAAUGUAAUCAAUAUCUACAAGUAAUUACCUUUCAAAGUACCUAGCUUGCACUUUAGCUAGCACUUAUUUAAGAUAGCCACAGGCAAAUUAGCUUAAAAUGGUCAACCCUGUUACUGUCAACCCUGUUACCUUUCCACAGUAACAGGAUUUCACAUGUGAGUAACAGGGAUGACAUAGAAUAGUGUUUACCCUCGUUGUACUCUCUUUAAAGGUUAACCUUAUAAAAUUGAAACAUUUUUAGGUCAUCAAGUGAACAUUAUCGAGCUAAUUAAUAGUUUUUGAUUGAUUGAUUCAUCGAUUGAUAUGCCGGCGGAGAGCCAGUUAGUCAGUUAGCCACUCAGCUCUGCUACCAUAAUGUCAAUCCUGUUGUUGUCAUUAAUUUGAUAAAAAUGUAAAAAAUGACAACUCAAAUGGGCUUUCUACACUUACCAUUAUAAUUUAAAUUACAUUAUAUUUUAGAUUGGGCCAUUUUUCAACAUUUCUCUUCUGAAAAAUAUCUGAUAUAUGUUGAGACGUGAUCGCCAUGAAAAAUUAGGGCAAAUUUGAUCAUCUGAAUGACAAAAAUCUAAUUGGAGAAAAAAAUCUGCAAAAUAAAAUAAUUUCAGUAGAAAGAGAGACUAAAGUACUGCUAAUAUAUGUAACAUAUAUUGCAUAUUUCUAAUUAGAAAUAUUAUAUUUUGAGAAGUUUAUGUCGGUAACGGGGUUGACAAGAUUAUGAAAACAGCCAGGAGAAAAACUGUUAUAAAAUAUGAAGUAACACCGCCUGAGAAGGCACAAUAUAAUUUCCUGCCAUUUUAAACAUUCUUUGAUUCCUGGGUACUUAAAAAUUAACAAUUAAAUAUAGUUUAAAUUUUUAAAUUUUCUAAGCUGAAAAGGCACCGAUUUCAUGGAAUGACCCAUCUUAAGUCCCAAUCUGAAGAAUAAACUGCUAAAAAAAAAAAAGGUGGUUUAAAGUUUUUUUCAAAACCUCACAGAGUGCUGUUCAUUUUAAAAAAAUGUAUCUUUUUUUUCAGGCAGAAAGACUAGACAAGAUACUGGACAUGGAGGACGUACAUCUACAGGUAGAACACCUGUGGGUGGAGGAGGUACUUUAUUGAUCAGUUUUGAUUGCUGAUUUCAUUGGGAUUUCUAUAAAUCGAAUCUCUCUUUGUAACUUGUGAACUGCACAUCAGAUGUCUUUUCUUAUUUUCUCCUAGAGAGAGAAACCAGACCAAAUACUGGACAUGAUGGGUCUACAGCAGGAGGAACAAAUGAAAGGCGAACUACAGAAGGUAAGCUGUUUAAUUUUGACAACUACAUUAAAACACAGAGAGGCAGAAGGUCAUUGGACUGAUUUGUGGCACUGAAUGUUGAUAGAUGAUUGGACUGUAUACCUGGUAUCUUUGUUUAUUUCCACAAAGGCAGAGGUCAAGGUACUGGACAUGGUGGAGGAACAGUUGGUGGAGACACCACACCCACUGGCAGAGAGAAACAACCUGUUGGUGGAGGUGAGUUAGGGAUUUGUUUUAAAGGAGAGUUUUAUACUAAUUUUUACCUUUUGUUCACUCAGUCCCGAAAAGAAGCUUUGAAUGAUCUUCAGCUCAAAAAACUCCUAAUUUAUUUAUCUUAUUGUAGACUCCAUAAAAAUCCUUAUUACAAGCACUAUUCAACUGCUGCCUGAUGUGUCAUUUUGUGUCAUUACGGCUCAACUAACCCUAUACACGGGGUAAGUUGACCAUAGGAGACUGCUUUUUUUUUGGCAUGCUAUAUUAUCAAGACAGUUAUUUUUACACUUAUUCUGUUGUUUCGAAGGGAUACACAACAUCUUGAAAUAUAUGCAGAUACACUAGUUAGAGACAAAAGUAUGAUUGCCUUGAUGUAGUGAUCUCAAAUAUAAAAAGUGGCUCAUCUUACCCCACUCUCUCCUACUGAUUUAACUGAGUGCAGAUAGGAGAAAAAACAAAGUGUCCUUGCACCUUUUCUGGGAAAAGGCGCAAAAGAUCAUUCAGAAGUGGCAACUGAAGGAGUGACUUUGCUCUUCUGCUCUGUGUCAUACAGGAUCCUCUGCCACAUCUGCCGUGACUGAGGAAGACACUACACCCACUUUCGUAUCAGGUACAUCAACUGAACUUGUACCAGUACCUGUACCAGCAUUUAGAGUUUAAAUGCUUCUUAGGAGCCAAACAAAACUAUUAGGAAAAACAUACAGCUCAGCUCUUCUUUGACUCUGUCCACCCUGUCCUCCAUCCAGCAUCUCUGAACAGACUUUUCCUCUUGAUUCAUUUACUUUCCACUCUGUUUUGGUGUGUGGGUGUCGUGGAAGGUAAGAGCUAGCAUAGAGGGGGUAGUCCCAGGACCUGAGACCCAUGAGAGAUGUUGUGGAUCGAACUUGACAAGACAUGUCUGAAAAGAGGAAAACACUUUCUAACCCUGGUGAUGUACUGGAUCUCUGUAUCACUAUAUUUGUUUAUGCUUAGGUCAUGAUCGUGACACAAAACCAAAAUUUUACUCCAAUGUAGAACUCAGGGUGUGACCACAAAGUUUGUUUGGUCAAAGUCAAGGUUCAGUACAAAGAGGGAAAAAUCAGGCACAGGUAUCUAAAAUGUGAGGCUAAAGGUCAAAUUAUACAUAUAAAACCACACAACCCUGAAUCCCAAAGCCCUAAACUGCAGUCUACUCUGGCCUCAGUCAAACUUACAGAUCCAUCAUCCAAAGCCCUCAAUGGAGAGAGGAGAGAGGAGGUACAUCAGCGGAGCAAUGAAAGAGUAAAACAUGAGAGUGGUCUUUUCAGUAACAAAAACAGCAUUUAUUAAGUAUCACUUACUGACUACAUGCUGCAACACAUGUACUUCACUGAAACUUUGUAGUUUAUUAAAAGAGAAGGUGGACCUUAAAACAGUCACUAAGGGGUGUCUUAAAACAGCUCAUAAACAGACGCCUAUCUCUCAACCGCUGGUUGGUGAUGAGCAGGGAUAAAGUACGUUUGACUUUGGUUUAAAGGAUGAUGAAUGAUGAGCAUAAGUGAAAAAAAAUAUCUACUACUUCACCAUCUAACCAAUUCUUUAAUGAUCGGAAAUCAUAAAAUAAGAAAACAAAAAAAAUAUCAGUGAGAAGUUAUUAUUCUUGUCCAGUUGGCUCUCUUUUUUUUUACUCAAGGAUGAGAAUCAAACUUUAAAAGGAGAGUUUAUUAGCAACAGAAACACUCAAUAUUGACAUGAAAUGACAUUUUCUCUAGAGCAUCAAAUGACGUGACCUCCAUUUGCAAUCAUGGUAUCAGCUGAUUAUUGUUGUGUCAUCUGUCAAUAAAAGAAAAGCAAAGGAGAAAAAAGAAAUGACCAGGAUGAACAACUGAUCAUCAAUAUUUUGUUCUAUAGAUCUAUAACAUUAGACUACAUGACUAAUUUGAUACAAGAUGAAUCAAACAAAAAAAUGUAUUAAGUCUAUAAAACUCUGUUUUAUUGAUUUAAUGACAGUUAUGCUUCUUAUUUUGCACUUAAUACUCGUGUCAGACAUUUUAAUUUCAGCUUAUCACAUACUGACUGUUGAAAAACCAACAAAUGUUUGAGGCCUUUAUACUGACUGAUUUAAGACUCGUCUCUUUCUCAUUGUUUACCUCCACUGGUGUGAUGUUUUAGCUAAGUCAAGUGCGCCACAGCGUCCAAUCAGUGAGUGAGAUUCAACAGGAGGGUGUGAAGCCUUCCCAGAAGGCAGCUCUCUUGUAUCCUCUCUUAUUGCUCCUCAGAUUUCCCUCCUGUACUCUCUCUUCCCUGUCCUCCAAGACCUGUUAAGGGCUUUUGCAGAAUAGAGGACAGAGGAGGCUGUGGUUAACAGCUUUGGGACAUUAGACAGAGAAGUAGGAUGUGAAGACAGCUAUGAUGAGAGACAAGAGUGAAUGUCAAAGUAAAAAUGAAAGAUGAAAUAAAGUAAACAAACUGGAGACAUGAUUGUGGCGGGCAUUAGGGCCACCUGGUAUGUGACAUAUACCUCAUCAGAAUAAAACCAGAUACAAAUCAGGAUAAGUGAGUGUCUGAACUUUUAUUAGAGCAAAAGUUUCUUCUGUGUCUUUAAUAAUAAGAGGUUUAGGGUUAGCUUGGACCUAAACUUUGGUCUAUGACUGCUCAGACCUGUGUUUAUAUUUUAAUAUUUGACUUUGAUAUGACACCAUGAAAAAUGAUAUGCAUCUCUCUUUGAAUUUCAGUUGAUCAAUGCGGACAAACACCAAGUGUUGCCAAUGGUGAUGUGGUGCAAGAAAGGGGAAAUUACUUGAGAUACCAGUGUUUUGCUUUUUACACACUUGUGGGUCCAGAACAAGUCAGGUGUUUCAAUAACAGGAGCUGGUCUGAACUGCCUACCUGCAGAGGUAUAAACAAAUCGAUACAACUGUGUUUUUACUCCAAACUGAAUAUGUUAGAAUAAUACAGAUACAUUCUUAUGGAUAUUUUCAUGAUUUUUUUGUACAGAGGCUUCUUGUGCCUUCAAACCUGAUUUGUAUUCGAGAAUUGGGAUCAGGGAACAGGGGACUAUAUAUCUAAAGGAAGGAGAGACGAAGUGGGUUUCCUGUGAAAGUUGGGGAAAGCACAGCCAAUUUUACUGCACAGCUGAAAGAAGACGUGCUUAUACAGCAUGUAAGUAUAUGUGAUCUUUCUACAUUUUGACAUGCUGCUUUAGGUUUUGUCAUCUGUUGUCACCAGAGGAAAGUAAUGUAAUGCAAGAUGACCCAAAUGAAGUCAGAUCCAUUAAAGUGCAAAAGUUUUUAAAAAGCAAAUCAAAACACCCAAAGUGGAAGAAAACUAUAGUUUACGUAAAUAGCUUUAGAUAUAAACUAAAGACAAAAAGUCAGGAUUGUUUUGGUAGAUUAUUUCUUUGUUGUGACAAUGCUUCUUGGAAGUUAAUCUUAUACUGUUGGAAAGCCUGUUUGGCUACUUUUUCAUGGAUGCAACUCUCAAACCCAGCUCUACUGCUUAUCCCACAAAUGCAUGUUCCUACUUAUAUGGCAUAAUUUUAAAGGAAAAUAAACAAGCUUUCAGUGUACGAUUUAUUGCCAAGAAGCAUUUUAACAACAAAAAAAUAAUUGACCAAACACACAUUUCCUGACAUUUUAUGCUAAAUAUUUAGGCAUAGAAUUGUAUAUUUUUACUGGAUAAACCUUGUGUCUUUAAUUUCAGCAAAUAUUUUUGUGAAUGAAUAAUUUAACCAUCAAAUGAUUUUGAAGUACUGCUAACAAAGGACACAAAGUUUUCCUUGUUGAUGCAACCAAGCAGAUGAUGUUUGUAUGAAUGAAACUACUCUGAUUAAAUCCUAAUGUGCUGAUGUUUUUGGAUUCUUUUAAGGUUGUAACGACUAUGAGCGUUACUAUGUAAGUGUAACUCUUUUAUUUACCUCACAGAAAUUACCUUCAUAAUUCAAUGGUUUUGUGGACUUAGUUUAAUGUCAUUUUAUUACAUCUAUGAGUUUUUAAUCCUAAACCAUUCUCUGUUAACAUAACUCACUGUGUUUGUUUCAACCAGGGACAGUGCAACACCUAUUACGCUUAAAACCCGACAGAGUAUUGGACUGACGACAAGCUUUGAGGAAACCUCUAUUGGGAAAAACCAGGCCUUAAUAAUAACAUGUUUUUAAAAGUCAAUUUCUGUUCUUUACAUGUGAUUGAAAAUGCAGACAUGUAAUAUUUAGGAUGUUUUUUGUUUUAUAUAAGAAUUGUUGAUGCUUUGAGAUGAACAAUCAUAAAAUCAGGUUUGCAUGGGGCACUGAAUAAAAUAAAGUGUUGAGUGCAUGUUUGAAUUUCUUUGUGUGAUUAUUUCUGACAGUCCAGGAGGCUUUUUAGGGCUAUAAAUCCAAAAUGUUUAUAUGUUUUAAGAAGGUAAGGGCAAAGAUCCAGGCUGUAGAAAUUAUUAUUUGGGACAAAAAGGACAAUUGAAAGAAUAAGAACACACUUAGAGUCCAAGUACAGAUGUAUCUGACAAAGCGGUUCAGCUUUACUGAUACAACCAAACGGUUAAUAUUGAUGGAUGGGCUGUCUUGCUAUCAUCACUUGAGGAUGGAGCUGUGGUUCUGUAAAUGGAUAUAUUGGCUGGAGUUACACACUUAACUUUCUUUAGUCUUGAUUAGUUUUCAGACGUGUUCCCUUUCAACUAAAUCUCUUUGAAUAAAACACUAAAAAAAAAAAAAAACUCACAUAGAAGAUGAGCUCCUGUAGACCGAGGUACCCACUGUCACUGAUAUUCCAUGAGCACCUACAUGGAGGGAGUUGGAGGCAUGUUACAGUUUUUCUCAGUCACUUUGGUACAUUUCUUAGAUCAGGAUUAUAAUUCUUAAAACUGCUUGUUCAGUCUUCACAUCAUUAAGUCUCUAUCCUAGAGGCAGCUAACAAACAUGUGGCAGAAAUCCAACAAAGUACAAGGUUGACAGUGAACUUUACACAGAGGUAUAUAAAGCCUAAUCACACUGGAGGAAAUCAACGACUGAGGCUAGCUUUCUACGGAAGCGCAUUGCAUUUACUGGAUUAAAAAAAAUCAGACACCUUAUUUUGUAAUUAUGAGAAAAGAUCUUAUAUUUACAAGAAGGGGUUUCUGAUUUUUUUACGUGGUGAAUACAAUGGGUUUCCAUAACUUUCUCUUCUGUUCUAUGAUUACACAAAGCAGCAAUCACAGGCUGAGAGAAGAGGCCAAUUGAAAAGUUCUGAAAGCUGCAGUACCACCAGUGACCACAAGAGGCUGGCUAGAAAACAUGUCGAUGUUAACUAUUUCACUAAUUCUUGUUAAAUUGCAUUGAGGCUACCUUAAUUAGAGGAUCAUGGAUGUGGUUGCUUUGAGUGAUUGAUAGAAUCUGAUCCUGAUUUAUUGUCUUUGUUGUAAAUCAAAUGUGCUGUUUUCUACAGAACGUCCUCUGGUUUACUGAAGGCCGACCUUUGCCCUGACUGUGUUUGGUAUUUCAUAAUGCUGACCUCUGGUCACAGCAGUCUGGGAAAUCAUUUUGAAACCCUGGCUCUAAAUAAAUAAAUAGCUGUUGUAGCUUGUCAAACAAGGGUAAAAAAACUGCUUUACUGGAAGUGUUGGGGCUGAAAUGUACAAAGUUGGAAGAGAGUCAGAAAUAGAAUUAUAAUUUUUUUUCUGGGGGGGAUUCGAUCAAACUAAAGCCUUGAAAUCAUUUAGGAUCUUGAGUAGUAAAACACCCUUUACAUUAUCAGUUUAACAAUUAGAUUUGGGUUUUUCGGUGUAUUAAUGUUUGAGAUCAUGUAGUGAGUUACAUAAAAGUGAUAUAACAGUUAAAUGUGUCAUGAAUGCUACUAUGUGAAGUUCUGAUUCAGUGCUGUUAUCUAAAUAUCACUUUUAGGAUAAUUUCAUGACUGACAUACUGACUCAUAAUUUAAAGACACUGUUGAUUUGCGUCUGAAAUGUUUGCUGCGUGUUAUCAGUAUGUUGGCCUCAGAGUGACAGUGGGAUGACAGAGUCACAGUAUUUACUCCUCAUUUCUUAACUGUUGGGGAAAUGUCCUAAACAAUCAUUAACUUAUUCUGAUCUGAAAAGGGCUCUUUUCUCUGCUGGGAAUUUUAUUCCUGACACAAUGGGCGUGAGAUAUCUUGGAUUUGUUGUGCUGAUUUGGCUUCCAGGAGCUCUGCAUGGUAAGAACAUUCAAGUCCUUCAAGUUUGAUGUAAAAUCUUUUCAAAGAAACAUUCCUUCAUAGUAGUGUUCACUUGUGACAAUCAAUUUUUCAGCUCAAGGUGCAGCUCAGCCCUGUCCUCCUCCAAGCCUGAAUGGUGGUUACUUUGCCCCAGAACAAGAGUGUUAAUAUCAUGAAUCUGAGAUUGUCUUUGUCUGUGACAAAGGAAGUAAACCAGCUGUGGAGGGCUGGUGGGCAACAAGCACUUGUAAAGGAGGCACAUGGUUACCUGAACCACAAUGUAUCAGUAAGUGUUUGGUGUCUUACUGUUUAAUGAGACGUUGAAAGUCUGCAGAGGUGUGUUUUUUAAGAUUACACUCUUCAUCCCCUUCGUGUUUUCUGCUUUAAACCAGAUUAGAUAAGACUUCAUUGGCCCCCUGAGGGAAAAUUCAGUUGUUGCAUCAACUCAGACAAGAAAGAAUACAAGAAGACUAGUGGUGGGGUAGGAAUCCAGUGUAAUAAAUAUAAUAAAAUAUAAGAUAAAUAGAAGUUGGAUGCCAAUGUGAUGAGGUAGGGGAGACCGGGGCUUGUUGUCACAUGGGUAAGUUGUCACAGGGCAAUUAUUUUUGCUACAAGAGGGCGCAACUAAAGGGCGGAAUACUAGUUUUAUUCCUUUACAAGGUCAGGGUUUAUGUCCUGUCUGAGAAGAGAAGAGCACAUUGUGAGCUGAGAUGAGCGCCAAUCAACCAUUUCGUACAACCCAAAGUAAAAAAAAAAAAAAAAUGUGUAUAUUUUAAAAAAAGCUUCUUCCAGGUAAAAAUCCUUGCAGUGAUACAUGUGCACUUGUUAGAGGAGAGAUUAAGGCAUCCUGUCAUACCUCAGUCAUUGUUCAGUUUUAAGAUAACUUUGUGCUAGAGCUAGAAAUAGCAAACAUGGUAGUUUGGGGCAACAUGUCUCAGUCAGUUUGGGGUUAGUUGUUGUAUGUUUAAAAGGGAUUAAAGUUAACAUAGAGGGCUCUAUUUUCGUGCUUCGCCGGAGACGUGCCGCAGGCGCGACGUAAGUCAGGUCCGCAACGCCGACAAGGUGUUCCCAAGCACAAUUUGAUAUUUUGGUAAGCAGCGCAGCCCGGCGUAAGUAUCCCCCCUCCCUAACUCAGCUCCUCCCAGCGGCGUAAGUAGUAGCGAGGGAGGAGAGAGAGCGUGAAGUGGGUUUAACACAGCCGAGACCUGUUUUCACCAAUCACAUCAGCUCCUCUCCUUGCAUUUAAAUCCGCCACCGGCGAGGCGUAUUACUAUUUUCGUGAAGUAGUCAAAGAGAUCAAGAGAUGUCUGAAGACAGUAAUGCCACAAGAUGGCGACAGAGGGCAGCUCCUCGACAAGUGUCACUGUAAGUGCUGCAUUGGGUGUCCUCCACACUCUCUCACAUAAGCACAGAUGGAUUUAGUGUGCGUAAUGUUGGACCCAGUGGUAAGACAAACACCCUUUUCCACAAAUAACGACACUCACAUAAAGUUGCUCAUAUUCAAACCUCACGUGACAAAGGUGGGUUGAGCGCACAGUUCACAACAUAAACUCCAAAAAUGGCAUUAAAAUCAGAACCAUCUGUGCGUAAAUGACGCAUUGCGCUCCGUGGCCUGGCUCUUUCUUUCAUAGAUGUUGGCAUAUAAAAUAAAUUUGGCUCACAAAACUGAAUAUUAUAAUAUCCGUAUGUCGGCCUAAAUUAGAUAACUCAUCUGAUCACUGAAACAAAUCAUCUGAUCAGCCGCCGCAGCAGCAGCUGCAGCAGGACGGACAGAGGACACGGAGACGUGCCAAGGUCAAGGUGCACGAGAAAUAAGAGGAAGAGGAAGAAGAAAGGGAGGGAGACGAAUUGAAUAUCUUGUUAACUUCAUCAUGUGUGUUUAUUUACUAGAUAUUUAAUUUAAUUUGAUGCGGUUUCAGCUGUGUUGAUUCGGUCAGGUUGUGUGUCCAAACGCGUGCCAAACGCGUUCAUCAGAUCAGAUAUAGAUCUUAAUAUAUCGAUAUAGAUCUAAAUGUAUGUGCUGACUCAGAUUAUUGGCUGUUAUUGAUUAUUUAUUGCACUGAAAUGUGCCUGACACUGUGGAAACCUGCCGGUGAGGCAUCAGUGACGUAUGCCGAUACGCCGCAGGUCUACCAAAAUACUACUAGACCAGCUGCGCUCCGCCUGCACUGAAAGCUGACCAGGUUUGAAUCGGCGAGCUUUCAGCGCAUUUUACACGCCACUGGUGAGCACGAAAAUGUCCCUGCGCCUGCCGAUUCUGUCGACAUCUCCCCCUGCCAUGCCACCACGCUCAGCUUGGCGGAUGUCGGUUCGCCUUCUUGCGCCUCAGUCAAUGAAAAUACCAAACUGGCUGUACACCGGGCUGCGCCAGACGAAAAUACAACUGCGCGGGGUCCGCCAUCCUUCGUCGCUUCACCGGCGUACAUGAAAAUAGAGCCCAGAGAGUCUGCUCACCACCAGUUGUCAUAUUAAAAUUUUGACUUUAUUCUUAUGGAACAAAGAGUGGUUAAAGGGAGAGGAGAAAGCAAAAAGACAUGGUCAUUUAAUAAACUGAAAAAUCUGGAAGAAAAAAAACAACACUGUAAAACACCCCCCACUGUGAGAUGUCUUUGUUUCUCUUUUGCUUACAGAUGAAUCAGCCUGCUAUCCCCUUGAGGUACCCAAUGGAAAGUAUAAGGAAAACCAAAAUCGUUGGCAUGAGCAGCAAACUAAAAUUAGGAUAACAUGUGAUAAAGGGUAUGAGUUGAAAAACCGGGAUGCCACAACCAUUUGUUUGAAUGGAACCUGGUCCUCUGUGCCCAUCUGUGAGAGUGAGUCUGUCUCUUGGUCUUCAAUCGUUGGCUGUAAAACUGAAAACUGGCUUUGAUAACACAAGUGUCUUAAUCAAUAAGAAUACUAGCGUACAUACAUACAUUUCUUUCUCUUGAUUAUAUGUGCUUACUGUUUUUUUACAGUGAGUGAUUCUACAUGUAACAGGCCUCCACCACAAAUCCCCCAUGCAGUCAUAAUUGGUCAGAAUUAUCAGGAGGUGUUUGCUGCAGAUUCAGAAGUUCAUUAUGAAUGUGAAAACGGAUAUACUGCAGAGGGAUCAGAGGACAAAAAAAUAAUCUGCCUAUCUGGAAGGUGGACUGAAGGCCCAGCCUGCAGUAAGUGAACUGUGCUGAGAGAUGCAGUCAGAAGGAAGAGGUCUGUGCAGGUUCUCAGUCAUCCAGGUCAUGGUUAUCCAAAUCUUUGUUGAAAGUGCAACUGGACUUGUUUGAGGUUCUUAAAGACGUUUUGCCUCUCUUCAAAAAGACAUCUUCAGUCCCAAUCUGAAGAAUAAACCGCUAAAAAACUGGUGGUUUUUAGUUUUUUUAUAACCUCACAGAGUGCUGUUCAUUUAAAAAAAAUGAUUCUUCUUUUAGGCAGAAAUAGACAAGAUACUGGACAUGGAGGACGUACAUCUACAGGUAGAACACCUGUGGGUGGAGGAGCACAGGUGUUGCACUCUUUGCAACUUGUGAACUGCACAUCAGAUGUCUUUUCUUAUUUUCUCCUAGAGAGAGAAACCAGACCAAAUACUGGACAUGAUGGGUCUACGGCAGGAGGAACAAAUGAAAGGCGAACUACAGAAGGUAAGCUGUUUAAUUUUGACAACUACAUUAAAACACAGUGAGGCAGAAGGUCAUUGGACUGAUUUGUGUUACAGAUAGUUGGCUACAAUGAACAGUACAUAAUUAACUUUUAGAUGAUUAGAGUGAAUAAAACCUGGUGUCUUUGUUUAUGUGAUGAUGAUGACUCAGACUUUAUGCCUCGACAGAAAACAGUAGCUAGCCACGAGUAGAAGUGUCCUCUUCACUCCUCAUUCAGUCCUGUUAGCAUACUUUUGCUAUUCUUACAUUACCUGCUGGUAUAUUACACUCAGUUUGUGGUUCCAAAGCUACAGAGAAGGUCCGUAUAUAUGGAGCAGCUCCAAGUUUUAGUAACAACUGAGCAGUAAAUCCAGAUUACUAUACUGGCCUGUGCUUACAAAUGAGUCAUCAGUGAAGUGGUGAACACAAAAAGCUCAGUUGUGGAAAGUAAAAUUGCUUCUGGUUUUCUAGUACUUUCAUUUUCAUGAAAGCAAAACUGACUUACCUUCAUAGCCAUAAAACACCUGUAAGCAACUUUCCAAGACAUACUGAUUUAACUGAGUGCAGAGAGGAGAAAGAUAGAUCAUUAGUGGCGACUGAAGGUGUGACUUUGCUCUUCUGCUCUGUGUCAUACAGGAUCCUCUGCCACAUCUGCCGUAACUGAAGAAGACACUACACCCACUUUCGUAUCAGGUACAUCAACUGAACUUACUGCUCCUUUUACUCUAAGAACAUUAGCUCUGAAUAAUGAGUUAACCAGCUUAUCAAACUUUUCCUACAUUUUAUUUCUUGUAAAUGGGUUUCAGUAAGGGUGAAAUGGAAGUAAGUACCUGAUCAUUCAAAAGAAAUCUGUACCAGCUCGGUAGAGUUUAAAUGCUUCUUAGGAGCCAAACAAAACUAUUAGGAAAAACACACAGCUCAGCUCUUCUUUGACUCUGUCCACCCUGUCCUCCUUCCAGCAUCUCUGAACAAACUUUUCCUCUUGAUUCAUUUACUUUCCACUCUGUUUUGGUGUGUGGGUGUGGUGGAAGGUGAGAUCUAGCAUAGAGGGGGGUAGUCCCAGGACCUGAGACCUAUGAGAGAUGUUAUGGAUCGAACUUGACAAGACAUGUCUGAAAAGAGGAAAACACUUUCUAACCCUGGUGAUGUACUGGAUCUCUGUAUCACUAUAUUUGUUUAUGCUUAGGUCAUGAUUGUGACACAAAACCAAAAUUUUACUCCAAUGUAGAAAUCAGGGUGUGACCACAAAGUUUGUUUGGUCAAAGUCAAGGUUCAGUACAAAGAGGGAAAAAUCAGGCACGGGUAUCUAAAAUGUGAGGCUAAAGGUCAAAUUAUACAUAUAAAACCACACAACCCUGAAUCCCAAAGCCCUAAACUGCAGUCUACUCUGGCCUCAGUCAAACUUACAGAUCCACCAUCCAAAGCCCGUAAUGGAGAGAGGAGAGAGGAGGUUCAUCAGAGGAGCAAUGAAUGUGUAAAACAUGAGAGUCAUCUUUUCAGUAACACAAAAACGUAUUUAUCAAUUAUCACUUUAUGACUUACUUUGUAGUUUAAUAACAGAGAAGAUGGACCUUAAAGCAGUCCCUAAGGAGUGUCUUAAAACAGCUCAUAAACAGACGCUUGUCUCUUAACUGCUGGUUGGUGAUGAGCGGGGAUAAAGUAAGUUUGACUUUGGUUUAAAGGAUGAUGAACGUUGAGCAUAAGUGAAAAAAAUAUCUACUACUUCACCAUCUAACCAAUUCUUUAGUGGUCUAAAAUCACAAAAUAAGAAAGUAAAAAAAAUAUCAGUGAUCAGUUAUUAUUCUUGUCCAGUUGGUUCUCUGUCUGUCCCUGUUGGUAUGAGAAUCAAAAUUUAAAAGGAGAGUUUUUUUAGCAACAAAAACACUCAAUAUUUUCUGUCAGGUCAAUAAAGUUUCAUAAAAGGUUGAUCAUAUAUAGUUAUUUGAAAACUGCUGCAUGUUUAAAACAUGGAUGGGUAAUAAAACAUAUCUUUCUCAUACAUAUUUCCCAAUUUCUUCACUCCACCUCUUCAUUUUCAUACAUCUCUGGUGAGAGGGACCAAAAUGUAAGUGAAUGGCACAAGUGGGAAAUGUAGGGAUGAAAUGUAAAGGCUACAGGACUUAGCUUAAAAACACUUGUAUAAUGAUAAUGAUAACAAAAGUGGACGAAGAAAUCUGUUGCAAGAGACAUGAAACGACAUUUCCUCUAGAGCAUCAAAUGAUGUGACCUCCAUUUGCAAUCAUGGCAUCAGCUGAUUAUUGUUGUGUCAGCUGUCAAAAAAGAAAAGCAAAGAAGAAAAAAGAAAUGAACAGGAUAAAGAACUGAUCAUCAAUAUUUUGUUCUAUAGAUCUAUAAUAUUAAAAUAAUAUGACUGUUUUGAUAUAAGGUUAAUAAAAAAACUAAUUAAAUCUAUAAAACUCUGAUUUGUUGAUUUAAUGACAGUUAUGCUUCAUAUUUUGUGCUUAAUACUCAUGUCAGACAUUUUAAUUUCAGCUCAUCACAUACAGUUGAAAAACCAACAAAUGUUUGAGGCCUCUAUACUGACUGAUUUAAGGCUCGUCUCUUUCUCAUUAUUUAACCCCAGUGAUGUGAUGUUUUAGCUAAGUCAAGUGCGCCGCAGCGUCCAAUCAGGGAGUGAGAUUCAACAGGAGGGUGUGUCUAUCAGUAAAUAGCCUUCCCAGAAGGCAGCUCUCUUGUAUCCUCUCUUAUUGCUCCUCCGAUUUCCCUCCUUUAUUCUCUCUUCCCUGCCCUCCAAGACCUGUUAAGGGCUUUUGUAUACCACUUCACAUGGCGAGUCCACAAGUACUUUGAGUUCAGCCAAGAAUAGAGGACAGCGGAGGCUGCGGUUAACAGCUUUGGGACACAAGACAGAGAAGUAGGAUGUUAAGAUAGCUAUGAUGAGAGACAAGAGUGAAUGUCAAAGUAAAUAUGAAAGAUGAAAUAACAUCCUUGCCAGAGGAUGGUCACAGAAUCUCACUUUGUGACCCGACUAUGUCUGAACUUUUAUUAGAGCCAAAGUUUCUUCUAUGUCUUAAAUAAGUGGUUUAGGGUCAGCUUGGACCUAAACUUUUGCCGAUGACUGCUCAGACCUGUGUUUAUAUUUUAAUAUUUGACUUUGAUAUGACACCAUGAAAAAUGAUAUGCAUCUCUCUUUGAAUUUCAGUUGAUCAAUGCGGACAAAUACCAAGUGUUGCCAAUGGUGAUGUGGAGAGACAAGGGGGAAAUUACUUGAGAUACCAGUGUGGUAGUUUUUAUACACUAGUGGGUCCAGAACAAGUCAGAUGUUUCAAUAACAGGAGCUGGUCUGAGCUGCCUACCUGCAGAGGUAUAAACAAAUCAAUACAGCUAUGUUUUUACUCCAAACUGAGUCUGUUACAAUAAUACAGAUACAUUCUUAUGGAUGUUUUCAUGAUUUUUUUGUACAGAAGCUUCUUGUGCCUUCACACCUGAUUUGUAUUCGAGAAUUGGGAUCAAGGAACAGGGGACUAUAUAUGUAAAGGAAGGAGAGAUGAAGACGGUUUCCUGUGAGUGGCCAAAUUCAAGCAAAUUUCACUGCACAGCUGAAAGUAGACGUGUUUAUACGCACUGUAAGUAUAUGUGAUCUUUAGAUAUAAACUAAAGACAAAAAUUCAGGAAAUGUAUUGAAAUUUGUUUUCUUUGUUGUGACAAUGCUUCUUGGAAAUUAAUCUUAUACCGUUGGAAAGUCUGUUUGGCUACUUUUUCAUAGAUACAACCCUCAAACUCAGCUCUGCAUCUCUUCCCACAAAUGCAUGUUCCUUACUUAUAUAGCAUAAUUCAAAAGAAAAAUAGACAAGCUUUCAAAAGUGUACGACUCAUUGCUAAGAAGCAUUUUAACAACAAAGAAAUAAUCCAUCACACAUACUUCUUGACUUUUAGUGCUAAAUAUUUAGGCAUAGAAUUGUAUAUUUUUAAUGGAUAAACCUUGUGUCUUUAAUUUCAGCAAAUAUUUUUGUGAAUGAAUAAUCUAACCAUCAAAUGAUUUUGAAGUACCGCUAACAAAGGACACAAAGUUUUCCUUGUUGAUGCAACCAAGCAGAUGAUGUUUGUAUGAAUGAAACUACUCUAAUUAUUUCCUAAUGUGCUGAUGUUUUUGGAUUGUUUUAAGGUUGUGACAGUCAAUGAUCAUUACUAUGUAAGUGUAACUCUUUUAUUUACCUCUUAGAAAUUAGCUUUAUAAUCAAAUGUUUUUUGUGAACUUAGUUUAGUGUUAAUUUAUUACAUCUAUGAGUUUUAAUCCUAAACCAUUUUCUGUUAACAUAACUCACUGUUUUUGUCCUAACCAGAGACGGUGCAACACCUAUUACGAAUAAAACCCGACAGAGUAUUGGACUGACGACAAGCUUUGAGGAAACCUCUAUUGGGAAAAACCAGGCCUAA